AAUCCGCGCCUAGUGCUCUGGAUAGCAGUACCCGGUCCCGAGCCCGGGGAGGCGGCCGCUUAUACGCCCCGCGGCGGACCUGGGCGCCGGUUGCUUCUCGGGCCGCGGGCUUCCUGACUGGGACACAGCUCAGGGAGGGAGCGCCGCGGCCCCGAGCCUCUGUGAGCCAUGGGCAACGAGGCGAGCUUGGAAGGGGAAGGGCUCCCCGAAGGGCUGUCGGCGGCGGCCGGAGGAGGGGCUGACGGAGCGGGGAGCCCCUUGCACACCGCGAUCCCGGCCGGCAUGGAGGCGGAUCUGAGCCAGCUGAGCGAGGAGGAGAGGAGACAGAUCGCCGCUGUCAUGUCAAGGGCGCAGGGGCUGCCCAAGGGAAGCGUUCCCCCGGCCACUGCGGAGCCGCCUUCCUUGCACAGGAAACAAGAAUUUGAUAGUAGUCAGCCUCCAACGCAACCAGGGAAACCACCGGACCCUGGGCAUCCAGCGCAACCUGGUCUCAGUAAAAGUAGAACUGCAGACACUUUGAGGUCAGAGCAGAAAUUGCCUGGAAGGAGUCCUUCUGCUAUUAGCUUGAAAGAAUCAAAAUCUAGAACCGAUUUUAAGGAAGAGCACAAGUCCAGUAUGAUGCCUGGCUUCCUCUCAGAGGUUAACCCUUUAAGUGCUGUUUCCUCUGUGGUAAAUAAAUUCAACCCUUUUGAUUUGAUAUCAGACUCUGAGACAUCACAGGAAGAAACCACCAAGAAACAAAAAGCACCUCAGAAGGUACAAGGAAAACCUGAAGGAAUCACAAAGCCUCCAUCACAGCAGUCACCCAAGCCAGUUCCUAAGCAGCAAGGGCCUGUUAAGGCCCCACUUCAGCAGGAUGGCUCUCCAAAAUCAGUAUCUUCUCAGCAACCAGAAAAAAUUAAAUCACAACCUCCAGGGGCAAGAAAGCCAAGUCAGGGGGCUACACAGAUUCUACAGACAGAUCAGGCAAAGUUGCCACUCCAACGAGACCAAACUAGGUCUCAGACUAAACAGUCAGACAUAGUAGGGGGAGAACCAGUUAAAACCUCAUUACAAAGCCCAUCCAAACCUCCUCUUCAGCAAGCAGGUCCUGGAAAACCUCCACCCCAGCAGCCUGGACCUGAAAAAAUUUCCAUGCCACAGCAUGGACCUGCAAAGCCCCCAGUUCAGCAACCAGGGCCAGCAAAGUUCCCAGCUCAACAGCCAGGGCCAGCAAAGCCCUCACCUCAAAUGCUGACAGCAAAGCUCCCAGCUCAGCUACCAGGGACAACAAAGCCUCCAGCUCAGCUGCCUGGACCUGCUAAGACUCCAGCUCAGAAGCCUGGGCCAGCAAAACCCACAGCCCAGCAGCUGGGGACACCAAAACUCCUAGCUCAACAACCUGUGCCACAGUCUCCAGCUCAGCCACCUGGACCUGCAAAGACUCCAGCUCAGCAGGCUGGACCAUCAAAGUCUUUGGCUCAGCAGCCUGGGACAGGAAAAACUCUAGCUCACCAGCCAGGUCCAGUAAAGCCUAUAGCUCAACAAUCAGGCCCAACAAAACCUUUACCUCUACAGCCUAGCUCAGCAAAGCCCUCUGUUCAACAACCUGGCCCAGCAAAAACCUCAACUCAACAAUCUACAAAACCAGUAGUCCAAACAGGAGCUGGGAAACCUCCGCAGCCACCAACAUCAUCAUCAUCUGCAGCACAGGCUCCAGUACAAGGCCUUCCUAAAACUAUCUGUCCUCUUUGCAAUACCACUGAACUUCUGUUACAUGUUCCAGAAAAGGCCAAUUAUAACACGUGCACUGAGUGUCAAAUCACUGUCUGUAGCCUCUGUGGUUUUAAUCCCAAUCCUCAUUUAACGGAGAUGAAAGAAUGGCUCUGCUUAAACUGUCAGAUGCAAAGAGCUCUAGGUGGUGAUCUGGCUCUAGUUCCAUCAUCACCCCAGCCCAAACCGAAGACUGCCCCUGUUAUGGUGAGCAAAUCAUCCCUGCAAUCACAGCAGACUUCCCCAAAGAAGGAUACUGCACUCAAACAGGAUAUCUCAAAGCCACUUGAGUCUAGAAAGCCCUCACCACUAGUGAAACAACCAACCCUUCAUGGUCCUCCCCCAGCUACAGCCAAGCAGCCUACUGUGGCAGAGUCCUCGGUCCCGCCAGCCCCUCCUGAGGAGCCUUCUGUCCCCCCUGAGCAGACCAAGGCCACUGUGGCUGAUGAUAAAUUAAAGCAGCAAAAGUUGGUAAAGCCUGCCCGAGACAUUGCGUCUUCAUCAUCAGUAGCAACCAAACCUGACAUUCCAGACUCCAAAGUGCUGUCACAGGCUCAGGAGAGAACAGCUCCUCCUUUGAAAACAGACUCUGCCAAACCUUCACAGAGUUUUCCACCAACAGGUGAAAAAGUCACACCCUUAGAUUCUAAAGCCAUACCUCGACCUGCAUCAGAUUCGAAAAUUAUCUCACGUCCUGGUUCUAGUUCAGACAUUAAAGGUCAAAAACAGGUUGAUCCAAUUCAAAAGAGGGAAGAACCCAAGAAAGCACAAACUAAAAUGAGUCUUAAACCAGAUGCCAAGCCAAUGCCAAAAGGGUCGCCAACCCCAUCUGGUGCACGACCUAUCACUGGCCAGACUGCUCCCAUGUCUCAGCAGCCCCCCAAGCCUCAGGAGCAGUCGAGACGUUUCAGUCUUAAUCUGGGAAGUAUUACUGAUGCCCCUAAAUCACAACCUACAACUCCUCAAGAAACUGUGACUGGUAAACUCUUUGGGUUUGGAGCAUCGAUCUUCAGUCAGGCGUCAAAUUUAAUUUCCACAGCAGGUCAGCCUGGACCUCAUUCACAAAGUGGGCAAGAGGCCCCAACAAAGCAAGCCCCUCCUCCUUCACAGCCACCCACUUCUCAGGGGCCACCCAAAUCUACAGGCCAGACACCAUCAGCACCUGUGAAAGCUAUACCUGUGAAAAAGGAAACUAAAGCUCCAGUAGCUGAAAAAUCAGAGUCCAAAGUUGAUCAAGUUCCAACAGUAAAAAGAACAGAAACAGAAAAGAAGCCUCAACCUAUUAAGGAGAGCAAACCUCCAGGGGCUGUGCCUCAAAAGGCUGCUGUUCCCCCCAAACCAGAGAAAACCCCUAAACCAGAGACAACCCCUAAACCAGAAUCAGCCUGUCCUCUCUGCAAAACUGAACUCAACAUAAGUUCCAGGGAUCCUCCUAAUUUCAGUGUUUGCACUGAAUGUAAGAAUCGGGUGUGUAAUCUCUGUGGAUUUAACCCUACACCACAUUUGACUGAGAUUCAAGAAUGGCUUUGUUUAAAUUGCCAAACCCAGAGAGCAAUAGCAGGACAGCUUGGAGACUUGGGCAAAAUGCCACCUUCACAGUCAGGACCAAAAGCAUCUCCUAUGCCUGUGCUUACAAAGCAACUUUCUCAGAAAACAGCCAUGCCUGCCCAAAUAAAAGAGAGAGAGAAGGAACAAGAAGUAAAACCAGAAGCUGAUAAAGUAAUACCAGAAAAAGUAAAAGAAACACCUUCAAUUGAAAAAAUUCCCCCAAAGGUAACCACAGAUCAAAAACAGGAAGAGAAAAUACUAGAGAAAGACAAAACUUCAGCCCCGGAAGGAAAAAAGCCACCCUCAGAAGAAAAAAAGUCACUCCUUGAAGGAAAAAAGCCAACCCCUGAAGAAAAAAAGCCACCCCUGGAAGAAAAGAAGCUAACCCCUAAAGACAAAAAACCAAUCCCUGAAGAAACAAAGUUGCCGCCAGAAGCAAUACCGUCAGCCCUAGAGGAGGAACAGAAACGUGACUUGCUUAAAACUCAAGUUCAAAUUGCCAAAGAAAAGCCAGAAGGCAGAGUGGCUCCAAAGGCAGUGCAAGAAGAAAAACAACCAGAGACCAAAGUGGAUGAUUUGCCAUCUGACAAGACUCAGAGUUUGCAAAUGGAAGAUGAUGAAAUGACCCCCAAAAUAAAAGAACGGCCACAGGCAGGACACAUAGCAAAAUCUGAUCAGAUGGAACCUAGAAAAGAAAAAACAGAAAAGGAAGAUGACAAAUCAGACAUCUCAAGUUCUCAGCAGCUGAAAAGCCCACAAGGUCUGAGUGACACAGGUUAUUCUUCCGAUGGAGUAUCAAGUUCACUUGGUGAAAUUCCAACUCUUAUUCCAGGUGAUGAAAAGGAUUUGCUUAAGGGACUCAAAAAGCAUUCCUUUUCACAAGAAAGUAGCCCUGCCAGUCCCACAGAUUUAGCUAAGUUAGAGAGUACUGUCUUGUCCAUUUUGGAAGCUCAGACUAGUACAUGUGUUGAUGAACAGCCAGAAAAGCAAACAGAACCCUGUGUGGUUACUCCUGAGCAGCCUAAGGACCAACAGAAAACUCAGAGUUUUCCUGAAACAAUGGAAACUUCUAUUUCAGAAGAGGAGCGCAAAGAGAGUCAAGAAGAAAAAAAAGACCAUUUAAUAAAAGAUGGUCAACAAGACAUUCUUUCCAGAAAAGAACAGAAAGAAAAGUCUGAAUUUGUCGAUGGCAUAGUUACCAGAAGACCGUCUUAUGAUUCAGUUGAAGACAGUAGUGAAAGUGAGAACUCACCUGUUCCACAAAGAAAACGGAGAACUAGUGUUGGUUCAUCAAGCAGCGAUGAGUAUAAACCGGAAGAUAGUCAAGGAUCAGGUGAAGAGGAGGACUUCAUUCGAAAACAAAUCAGAGAAAUGAGUGCUGACGAAGAUGCUUCAGGCUCUGAGGAUGGUGAUGUUAUUAAGAACCAGCUCAAAGAGAUUAGUAGUAGUAUAGACAGCCAGAAGAAGGAAGAAACAAAAGGGAAAGGAAAAGUAACAGCAGGGAAGCACAGGCGACUGACUCGUAAAAGUAGUACUAGCUUUGAUGAAGAUGCAGGGAGACGCCAUUCAUGGCAUGAUGAAGAUGAUGAGACAUUUGACGAAAGUCCUGAACUUAAAUACAGAGAAACCAAAAGUCAGGAGAAUGAAGAACUUGCAAUUGCUGGAGGAGGAGGGCUACGUCGAUUUAAAACAAUUGAACUCAACAGCACGAUAGCAGAUAAGUAUUCUGCAGAGUCAUCACAGAAGAAAACAGCUUUGUAUUUUGAUGAAGAGCCAGAAUUAGAAAUGGAAAGCCUGACCGAUUCACCAGAAGAUAGGUCAAGAGGGGAAGGUUCUUCUAGCCUUCAUGCUUCCAGCUUCACUCCUGGUACGUCUCCUACAUCAGUGUCAUCACUUGAUGAGGAUAGUGACAGCAGCCCAAGUCACAAAAAAGGAGAGAGCAAACAGCAACGCAAAGCUCGUCACCGAUCACAUGGCCCUCUUUUACCUACUAUUGAAGAUUCUUCAGAGGAAGAAGAAUUGAGAGAGGAAGAAGAAUUAUUAAAGGAGCAAGAGAAGCAACGGGAGUUAGAACAGCAACAGAGAAAGAGUUCUAGUAAAAAAUCAAAGAAAGACAAAGAUGAACUUCGAGCUCAGAGAAGAAGGGAAAGGCCAAAGACACCACCCAGUAAUCUCUCUCCCAUUGAAGAUGCGUCGCCAACAGAAGAAUUACGCCAGGCUGCAGAAAUGGAGGAGCUCCACCGCUCUUCUUGUUCUGAAUAUUCACCUAGCAUAGAAUCAGACCCAGAGGGUUUUGAAAUAAGCCCAGAAAAAAUAAUAGAAGUACGGAAAGUUUAUAAAUUGCCCACAGCUGUGUCUUUAUACUCACCAACAGAUGAGCAAUCUAUUAUGCAGAAAGAAGGUGGUCCAAAAGCAUUAAAAAGUGCUGAAGAGAUAUAUGAAGAAAUGAUGCAUAAAUCCCACAAAUAUAAAGCUUUUUCAGCUGCAAAUGAACGAGAUGAAGUGUUCGAAAAAGAGCCCUUGUAUGGUGGGAUGUUAAUAGAGGAUUAUAUUUACGAAUCUUUAGUAGAGGACACAUACAAUGGAUCAGUAGAUAGCAGUCUGCUAAUAAGACAAGAUGAAGAAAAUGGAUUUAUGCAGCAGAGAGGGAGAGAGCAAAAAAUAAGACUCCCAGAACAGAUUUAUGAAGAUCCUAUGCAGAAAAUUACAGACCUCCAGAAAGAGUUUUAUGAGUUAGAGAGCUUACAUUCUGUUGUGCCUCAAGAAGACAUUGUUUCAAGCUCUUAUAUCAUCCCGGAAAGCCACGAGAUAGUGGAUCUGGGUAGUAUGGUAACUUCUAGCAGUGAAGAAAAAAAAUUAUUGGAUGCUGAUGCUGCCUAUGAAGAACUCAUGAAGAAGCAACAGAUGCAAUUAACGCCUGAAGCCAGUCCAACCCAGCCCCUCCUAGGGGAUGAUGUGACAGAAUCCACAAUGGAUUUUGACAGGGUGCCCGAUGCGUCUUUGACAUCAAGCGUUCUCUCAGGAGCAUCUCUUACAGAUUCUACCAGCAGUGCAACACUUUCUAUCCCAGAUGUUAAAAUAACCCAACAUUUUUCAACAGAAGAAAUUGAGGAUGAAUAUGUAACUGAUUAUACAAGAGAAAUUCAAGAGAUAAUUGCCCAUGAAUCAUUGAUUUUGACCUACUCAGAGCCUUCAGAAAGUGCUGCAUCUGUUCUACCAUCUGACACACCUUCUCUGACAUCAUCUGUUUCUUCAGUUUGUACCACAGAUAGCUCCUCACCUAUUACUACCCGAGAUAGCAUAACCACACUUUAUACAGAGCCAGUUGACAUAACUAAAUUUGAAGAUUCUGAGGAAACAUCAUCAACUUAUUUUCCAGGCACCAUGAUAGACUAUCCAGAUGAAAUAAAUAUAUCUUUAGAUCAGGCUAGCUCACCAGAUAGUAGAGCCAGUGCUGAUCAUAUUGUGAUUUCCUUAUCUGGUAUGGCACCUGCCAUAGCAUCUGUAGGAACUAAACCCGAGGGGCCUGCUGCUGACACUGUUAUCACUGACUUAUCUAUACCUGAAAAAGAUCCAAUGAAGACAGCCAAGAAGGAAAGUGGGAAUGGAGUUAUUCUGGAAAUUUUGGAAGCUUACAGAGAUAAAAGGAAGGAGCCUGAAGCUGAACUAACAAAAAUUAGCAUAUCUGAAACUGUGUUUGAUCAACCACCUUCUGCUACAGCUCUUCCAAUGACUGAGCAGGUUUCAACUACAUGCUUUGUAUCUGAAGAGGUCUUUGGUCAAGCAAAACCUGCAUCUCAGUUACCAUCUGGCAGUCCUCCUGUUUCUUUUCUUCCAACUAAAACUCGUCCAUUCUUCCGAAGUUCUUCUUUGGACGUAUCAGUCCAACCUCCUCCCCCUCCCUCUCCUCCUCCUCCUCCACCACCACCACCUCCACCUCCACCUCCUCCCCCACCACUUCCUCCACCAACUUCACCAAAACCGACUAUUUACCCUAAAAAAAAGGUUACAGUUACAGUGCCAGUGACUCUAGCUACUGCAUCUACCCCUCCUGCUGAUACUGUUACAGCUGUGGAGACCACAGCUGUUCCAAGGAUUAAUGGAUUACCUGGAACAAAAAUAUGCACCCCUGAACCUCCUCCUGUUCCUCCUAAACCAUCUUCAAUUCCAUCUGGACUUGUAUUUACACAUAGGCAUGAGCCAGGCAAACCUCCAAUUGCCCCUAAACCAGCAGUUCCUCAGCUUCCAGUAACUACACAAAAAUCAACAGAUACACACCCCAAACCAACAGGUUUAUCUUUAACUUCAAGUAUGACAUUGAAUUUAGUGACAUCGGCAGAUUAUAAAUUACCUUCCCCUACUUCCCCACUUUCUCCACACUCUAAUAAGUCCUCACCAAGAUAUUCCAAAUCCCUCAUGGAGACUUACGUUGUUAUCACCUUGCCGUCUGAACCUGGGACUCCAACAGAUUCUUCAGCUAGUCAAGCAAUUACUAGUUGGCCCCUAGGAUCGCCCCCUAAAGAUCUGGUUUCUAUUGAAUCAGUGUUUUCUGUAGUUUCUCCUAUGACAGCUGCAGAAAUCCCAAGUUCUUCAGAGCAGAGCCUGUACUUUGCAGGAUCUUUAGAGACAUUUUCUUCUCUUCCUGUCACAACAUUGUCUUCACUUCAAGCAGCCCUGACUUCAGUUACACAAUCUCUCACAACUGAAGUUCCCAAAGCUGAGGUUUCAGCAGCCAGAAGUACAUUUCCUGGUGUUGGUCCCAGCAGUGUCUCUAUAUCAAUUCCUUCAGAGCCUCUUGCUCUAGAUACCCUACAUAUAGAGAAGUAUCAGUAUAAGGAAAAUGCAAAGUUGCAACUUGUUGGUGAUGUCAUUGAUCUGCGUACAGUAUCAAAAGAAGUUAAAGUAACUGAACAAUGUAUGGAUCUUUCUGCUUCUACAAUGGAUGUGAAAAGGCAGACCACAACAAGUGAAAUUUGUGGGAGACAAAUUAGUACUGUCCAACCCUCUAUUAUAAAUCUCAGUGCAACUACAUCAGUAGUGACCCCAGUACCUCUGGUCAGUGAAACAGUGACCGUUGUCACGUGUACAGCUAGUGCAAGUUACACCACAGGGACGGAAAGCCUAGUGGGUAUAGAAUAUGCAGUAACAACACCACUCCAACUUACUACAUCAAAGUAUGCUGAGCCCACAUACAGGAUACCAGGUAGCCAGGCCAUUCCCACGCUUAGGGAAGAAGCACCAAUAAACUUAUCUGUAGGUACUCCAGCACAUGCAGUGACCUUGGCUAUUACGAAGGCUGUCACAGUACCUCCUGUUGGUGUCACAAAUGGAUGGACUGAUAGUGCCACAUCACAGGGGGUCAGUGAUGGGGAAGUAGUGGAUCUCAGUACCGCAAAGUCUCACAGAACUGUUGUUACAGUGGACGAGCCUUCAUCAAGUGUGGUGACCAAAAUAAUAGAAGAUGAUGAAAAACCUGUUGAUCUGACUGCAGGAAGAAGAGCUGUGUGCUGUGAUGUGGUUUAUAAGUUACCUUUUGGAAGGAGCUGCACAGCACAACAGCCUGCAACUACUCUUCCCGAGGACCGUUUUGGUUAUAGAGAUGACCACUAUCAAUAUGAUCGAACAGGGCCAUCUGGUCAUAGGGGAAUUGGGGGAAUGAAACCCUCCAUGUCUGACACUAAUUUAGCAGAAGCUGGACAUUUUUUCUAUAAAAGUAAGAAUGCUUUUGAUUAUUCUGGAGGAACUGAUGCAGCAGUAGAUCUAACUUCAGGAAGAAUUACUACAGGUGAGGUAAUGGAUUAUUCAAGCAAGACAACAGGUCCAUAUCCAGAAACACGACAAGUCAUUUCAGGUGUUGGGAUUAGUACCCCACAGUAUUCCACAGCAAGAAUGACUCCACCUCCAGGACCCCAGUAUGGUGUGGGGAGUGUUUUGAGGUCAUCUAAUGGCGUUGUCUAUUCUUCGGUGGCAACACCAAUACCCUCUACAUUUGCUAUCACUACACAACCUGGCUCCAUUUUCAGCACCACUGUGAGAGAUUUGUCUGGUAGGCACACAACUGAUGCAGCAACUUCGUUAUCUUCCCUGCACCAGAGUCAGCCAGUGCCUAGAUCAUAUUUCCUAACAACUGGUGCCUCUGAAAUGGACAUUGCAGUAACUGGUAUUGAUAUCAAUGCCAGUUUGCAAACUAUUACUAUGGAAACUCUUACUGCUGAGACAAUAGACUCUGCUUCCAGUUUAACCACAGCAUCAGAAGUAUUUUCUGAAGUGGUGGAAGAUGAAAGUGCUCUGUUAAUUGUCCCUGAAGAAGAUAAACAACAGCAGCAGUUAGACUUGGAGCGUGAGCUCUUGGAACUGGAGAAAAUUAAGCAACAGCGCUUUGCUGAGGAAUUGGAGUGGGAACGCCAAGAAAUUCAAAGGUUCCGAGAACAAGAAAAGAUCAUUGUUCAAAAAAAGCUGGAGGAGCUGCAGUCUAUGAAGCAGCACCUUCUGUAUCAACAAGAAGAAGAGCGGCAAGCCCAGUUCAUGAUGAGGCAGGAGACAUUAGCUCAGCAACAGUUACAGCUUGAGCAAAUCCAACAGCUGCAGCAGCAGCUUCACCAGCAGCUAGAGGAGCAAAAGAUUCGCCAGAUCUAUCAGUAUAACUAUGACCCUUCUGGAACUGUCUCUCCCCAAACCUCUACAGAGCAGGCAAUUUUGGAAGGUCAGUAUGCGGCCCCAGAAGGAGGUCAGUUUUGGGCGACUGAAGAUGCAACCACCACAGCUUCGGCUGUUGUAGCAAUUGAAAUACCACAGAGUCAAGGAUGGUACACAGUUCAGUCUGACGGUGUUACUCAGUACAUUGCUCCACCUGGCAUUCUGAGUACUGUUUCAGAAAUACCUCUAACGGAUGUUGUUGUAAAAGAUGAAAAACCACCCAAAAAGAGAAGCUCUGGAGCCAAAGUACGUGGACAGUAUGAUGAGAUGGGAGAAAAUAUAGGAGAUGAUCCCCGAUGUUUUAAAAAGAUAGUGGACAGUGGAGUACAAACUGACGAUGAAGAUGCAGCAGAUCGGAGUUAUGCAAAUAGGAGAAGGAGAACUAAAAAAAGUGUUGAUACAAGUGUCCAAACUGAUGAUGAAGAUCAGGAUGAUUGGGAUAUGCCUAGUAGAUCAAGGAGAAAAUCUCGAGUAGGGAAAUAUGGUGAUAGCACCACAGAGGCUGACAAGACAAAACCCCUUUCCAAAGUCUCCAGCAUAGCAGUUCAAACAGUAGCAGAGAUAUCCGUACAAACUGAACCUGUGGGAACCAUAAGAACACCGUCAAUACGGGCACACGUGGAUGCCAAGGUCGAAAUAAUUAAACACAUUUCAGCACCUGAAAAGACUUACAAGGGGAAUAGUUUAGGAUGUCAAACAGAAGCAGAUUCAGACACACAAAGUCCCCAAUAUCUGAGUGCCACCUCUCCACCCAAAGACAAGAAACGCCCAACACCUUUGGAGAUCGGUUACUCAUCUCACCUUCGGGCAGAUUCCACACUACAGCUGGCUCCUUCCCCACCCAAAUCACCAAAAGUCCUUUAUUCACCCAUUUCACCACUUUCACCAGGAAAAGUCUUAGAAUCUGCCUUUGUACCUUAUGAAAAACCCCUCCCUGAUGAUGUAAGUCCACAGAAAGUUCUGCAUCCAGAUAUGGUGCAAGUUCCCCCAGCAAGUCCUAAGGCAGCCAAGAUGAUGCAGCGUUCCAUGUCUGACCCUAAGCCUCUGAGUCCGACAGCAGAGGAGAGUUCCAGGGCUGCUUUUCAGUAUACCGAGGGCUACACAACUAAAGGUUCUCAAACCAUAACCUCCUCGGGCACCCAGAAAAAAGUUAAGAGAACUCUGCCAAAUCCACCUCCAGAGGAGACUUCCACAGCAACUCAGUCAACAUACAGCACAAUGGGCACAGUUUCCAGAAGAAGAAUUUGCAGAACCAACACAAUGGCACGGGCCAAGAUUCUCCAGGACAUCGACAGAGAGCUUGAUCUUGUGGAGAGGGAAUCAGCAAAGCUUAGAAAAAAACAAGCAGAACUCGAUGAGGAAGAAAAGGAGAUUGAUGCCAAGCUACGGUACUUGGAAAUGGGAAUUAACCGGAGGAAAGAGGCAUUAUUAAAGGAGAGAGAAAAGAGAGAGCGAGCCUACCUCCAGGGGGUAGCUGAGGAUCGUGAUUACAUGUCAGACAGUGAAGUGAGCAGCACCAGACCAAGCCGAAUAGAAAGUCAGCACGGCAUUGAGCGACCAAGAACUGCUCCCCAAACUGAAUUCAGCCAGUUUAUAACACCACAAACCCAACCAGAAUCUCAGCUGGUUCCUCCUACGAGUCCUUAUACCCAAUACCAGUAUUCUUCCCCUGCUCUUCCUACCCAAGCACCAACCCCAUACACACAACAAACUUUGUACCACCAAGUUUCACCUUACCAAACUCAGCCAACCUUCCAAGCUGUGGCAACAAUGUCCUUCACGCCUCAAGCUCAACCUACCCCAACCCCACAACCUUCCUAUCAGUUACCAUCACAGAUGAUGGUGAUACAACAAAAGCCACGGCAAACCACGUUAUAUUUGGAGCCCAAGGUAACUUCAAGCUAUGAGGUGAUUCGCAACCAACCCUUGAUGAUAGCACCUGUUUCUACUGAUAAUACAUAUGCUGUUUCCCACCUUGGUAGUAAGUACAAUAGUUUAGACUUGAGAAUAGGUUUGGAGGAAAGAAGUAGCAUGGCAGGCAGUCCAAUAUCAAGCAUAUCUGCAGAGUCUUUCUAUGCAGAUAUUGACCACACGCCACGAAAUUAUGUCCUAAUUGAUGACAUUGGAGAGAUUACCAAAGGGACAGCAGCAUUAAGCACUGCAUUUAGUCUUCAUGAAAAGGAUCUAUCAAAAACAGACCGACUCCUUCGAACCACUGAGACACGUAGGUCUCAAGAAGUAACGGAUUUCUUAGCCCCUUUACAGACUUCUUCCAGAUUGCAUAGUUAUGUAAAAGCAGAGGAAGACCCAAUGGAGGAUCCUUAUGAGUUAAAGCUUCUGAAACAUCAGAUUAAACAAGAAUUCCGUAGAGGAGCGGAGAGCUUAGAUCACCUUGCUGGUCUUUCCCAUUAUUACCACGCUGAUACCAGCUAUAGACAUUUUCCAAAAUCUGAAAAGUAUAGCAUUAGUAGACUCACACUUGAAAAACAAGCAGCAAAACAACUACCAGCAGCCAUACUUUAUCAAAAGCAGUCAAAGCAUAAGAAAUCACUAAUUGACCCUAAAAUGUCAAAAUUUUCACCUAUUCAAGAAAGCAGAGAUCUUGAACCUGAUUAUUCAAGCUAUUUGACUUCUAGCACUUCAUCUAUUGGUGGCGUUUCUUCCAGGGCAAGGCUUCUUCAAGAUGACAUCACUUUUGGCCUCAGGAAAAAUAUUACAGACCAACAAAAAUUUAUGGGAUCAUCCCUUGGCACAGGACUGGGUACAUUAGGAAACACCAUAAGGUCAGCUCUGCAGGAUGAAGCAGAUAAGCCAUACAGCAGUGGCAGCAGGUCCAGACCUUCCUCCAGACCGUCCUCUGUCUAUGGUCUUGAUUUGUCAAUUAAAAGGGAUUCUUCUAGCUCCUCUCUAAGACUGAAGGCUCAAGAGGCUGAAGCUCUAGAUGUUUCCUUUAGUCAUGCAUCACCCUCUGGCAGAACUAAGCCUACUAGUUUGCCAAUAAGCCAGAGUAGAGGAAGAAUACCAAUUGUGGCCCAGAACUCUGAAGAAGAAAGUCCACUAAGUCCUGUUGGUCAGCCAAUGGGAAUGGCCAGGGCUGCAGCCGGACCCCUGCCACCAAUAUCUGCAGACACCAGGGAUCAAUUUGGAUCCAGUCACUCAUUACCUGAAGUUCAGCAACACAUGAGAGAAGAAUCACGGACUCGAGGAUAUGAUCGUGAUAUAGCAUUCAUCAUGGAUGACUUCCAACAUGCCAUGUCGGACAGUGAAGCCUAUCACCUGCGCCGUGAAGAAACAGAUUGGUUUGACAAACCCAGGGAGUCUCGUUUGGAAAUGGACCGAAAACUGCCAGAAAGAUUGGUCCAUUCUAGACCACUCAGUCAACAUCAAGAGCAAAUUCUACAGAUGAAUGGGAAGACUGUGCACUACAUCUUUCCUCAUGCGAGGAUAAAAAUAAUACAAGACUCUAAGGAUCACACAGUUUCAGGUAAUGGAUUAGGAAUUAAAAUUGUGGGUGGUAAAGAAAUUCCUGGACAUAGCGGAGAGAUUGGAGCCUAUAUUGCCAAGAUUCUUCCUGGGGGAAGUGCAGAACAAACAGGGAAACUUAUGGAAGGGAUGCAAGUAUUGGAAUGGAAUGGAAUUCCCUUAACUUCUAAAACAUAUGAAGAAGUUCAGACUAUCAUUAGUCAGCAAAAUGGGGAAGCAGAAAUAUGUGUAAGACUGGACCUCAAUAUGCUGUCAGAUUCAGAAAAUCCCCAGCACCUAGAACUUCAUGAACCACCAAAAGCUGUGGAUAAAGCAAAAUCCCCAGGGGUUGAUCCUAAGCAGUUGGCAGCAGAGCUCCAGAAGGUUUCCCUACAGCAGUCACCACUGGUUCUGUCGUCAGUCGUUGAAAAAGGAUCUCACGUUCCCUCGGGUCCUACAUCAGCAGGAUCCAGUUCUGUUCCCAGCCCUGGGCAACCAGGGUCACCUUCGGUGAGCAAAAAGAAACACAGCAGCAAGCCUACUGAUGCAACAAAGGUUGUCUCUCACCCAAUUACGGGGGAAAUUCAGCUUCAAAUCAACUAUGAUCUUGGAAAUCUCAUAAUACAUAUUCUCCAAGCAAGAAACCUUAUCCCUCGAGACAACAACGGUUACUCUGACCCAUUUGUUAAAGUGUACCUUCUUCCAGGGCGAGGUCAAGUCAUGGUUGUCCAGAAUGCAAGUGCUGAGUACAAGAGAAGGACUAAAUACAUUCAGAAAAGCCUUAAUCCUGAGUGGAAUCAAACAGUAAUUUAUAAAAGUAUCUCCUUGGAACAGCUCAAGAAGAAAACACUGGAGGUGACAGUCUGGGAUUAUGAUAGAUUUUCUUCCAAUGACUUUCUUGGUGAGGUAUUGAUUGAUUUAUCUAGCACAUCUCACCUUGACAACACUCCUCGGUGGUAUCCUCUUAAAGAACAGACUGAAAGCAUUGAUCAUGGCAAGUCCCAUUCCAGUCAAAGCAGCCAGCAGUCCCCAAAGCCAUCUGUCAUCAAAAGCAGAAGCCAUGGUAUCUUCCCUGACCCCUCCAAGGACAUGCAGGUUCCCACCAUUGAGAAAUCCCAUAGUAGUCCUGGUAGCUCGAAAUCAUCAUCUGAAGGCCAUCUCCGCUCUCACGGACCAUCUCGCAGUCAAAGCAAAACCAGCGUCACUCAGACCCACCUGGAAGACGCAGGGGCCGCUAUAGCCGCUGCGGAAGCUGCUGUGCAACAACUCCGCCUUCAACCAACAAAGCCUACCAAUCACCGGCCCGCGGAAAGCUCUGUGUCCACCGGCUCCUCGGGCAGCAGUUUUGGAAGUGGAUACAGCAUGGACAGCGAAGGAAGCGGCAGCACGGCAGGGGAGACUAAUCUAUUUCCUAUUCCAAGGAUAGGGAAGAUGGGUCAGAAUGUACAAGAACCUGUAAAACAGCCAGGAGUGGGAGGAGGACUAGCAGACCCUGAGGUUAAAACUCAAGUAAUGGGUGAAAUAAAAAUAGCAUUGAAGAAGGAAAUGAAGACAGAUGGUGAACAGCUAAUAGUUGAAAUUCUCCAAUGCAGAAAUAUCACCUACAAAUUUAAAUCUCCUGAUCACUUACCAGAUUUGUAUGUGAAAAUAUAUGUGAUGAACAUCUCCACUCAAAAAAAAGUGAUCAAGAAAAAAACAAGAGUAUGUAGACACGAUCGAGAGCCUUCAUUCAAUGAAACUUUUAGAUUCAGCCUAAGUCCUGCUGGACAUUCCCUUCAGGUUUUACUUUUCUCCAAUGGAGGGAAGUUUAUGAAAAAGACCUUAAUAGGUGAAGCCUGUAUCUGGCUUGACAAAGUGGAUCUAAGGAAAAGAAUAGUCAACUGGCACAAACUUUUGGUCAGUCCUACUCAAACCCAUUGAAGAAAUGUGGUUGUUAAGGGCAUAGAAACUGUUCUAAAUAGCUUCAAAUCAAGGCUAUAGUUGGCUAAUAUUGUAUUAACGAUGUUUUCAGGAGCAAACAUGAGAGGGGGAAUGACAGGCAAAAGCAUACUUAAAGCAUUUUAAAUGUAUUGAUGCAGAAUGCAGAAAAAGACUCAAAUGGAAAAGUUCAUGUGAUGACAACAAAGUGUAAUUCUGAGAUCUUGUAUUUCUUGUGGCUGUCAAGCGAAACUGUGAGAGAAAUGUUCUUAAGGCAAAAAUCAUUGAUCAGAGUUGAGCUGUAGCUAAAAGCAGAGGAUCAAAGAUCAAUAUGGUUUUGAUGCAGAAGAACCUCAGUUGAAAGAAAAGAACUGAUGUAACAAAUCUCAGUUUUCAAAAGUCUGGAAAAUCUUCCUUCUGUUUAUACUCUCAGACAACUUACUGUUUUGUGAUGCUGACAUACGAUACACUUAAACAGCUUGUCCAGGACUGGCAGUUAGGUGGCUGUGUUCAUAGGGCUAAAAGAAGAGAGAAGGGAGAAAUUAUGACUUUUCAGAACAUGUUGCACAGAUUUUCUCUUAUGUCUAAAUGUUACAAGGUGUAAAACACCAACUUUGAAAUCCAUAUGGUAAAAGCACAUUUGUUCCAAUAGUAUUUAAAAUAAUGUAGAGUGAAGAAAAUAAUAGGUAGAAAUGAAAUUACAUUUAUUCUAGAAAUAAGGCCCUCAUUUUUCUAGACCUUGAUGAUUGAUUAACAAAGAAUGCUGCCCACAAAAUAUUGGAAACUUGGUUGAAAACUUCAAAAUCUCCAUAAUUUACCAUUAAACCAAGGAAUUUUCAAUCUAUGUUCCAAAAGAUCUAGAUUAAAAUGAUAUGUUCUAACAAGCAUGAAAACUUGUUCUCUGUGGAACUGCAAAUAAAUGAACUAUCCUGUAUACUUCAUUCCUCUUGAGUGAUGUAUUGAUAGAGAAAAUUCUUUCUCUGGCAGACAAAUCACAUUAAUCUCUUGACACUGAUUAAUUAAAUUAGUGUGACUUCCUGCUCUUCUGUAAUGUUUUCCCCUAACACAUCAACUAAUUGUAUAAUGUCAAUCCCAACACUGAACUCACAUUCUCUCUAGUGUUUUUUUCCUCCUUUAGUAACAAUAUCAAAGUUACUAAAGGGAUAAAGUUAUUCAAUGUUGGGAAAAUAUGUGAAAAUUAAACUUUAUAUUGAAGUUAAAAUAUACUUUAAGCUAUUUUAAUAAUAUAGAAUAAAAUGGUCAAUGUCAAAGUCAUUAAAGUGAAGCUGACAUCUUCUCCAUCACCCAGCCUUAAUAAAGGAAGUAGCAUGGAGUUGUGGAAAACAUACUUGGCUGGGAAAAGAAGUGCAGUAUCUGGUCUUUGUUCUGCCACUGACUCAGUGUAUUACCUUGCAUAUGUCACAUCUUACUUUUCCCCAGUUUUCUUAUUUGUAGGAUAAAAAUAAUCAUAUAUUCCUAGUGGGAUAUUGGGAUGAUCAAACCAAGUGGUCUAUGACAGAAGAUGAAAGCACAUUUCCAGAUAUAGUUUUAUAUACAGAAGUAGGAAAAAUUAAUAUACAGCUUUUUGAUUCUCAUAUUUUAUAUGUGAAAAAAGCAUCCGCCAAAGCAAUGGCAAGCAUUUGGUACAGAUAAAAGUAGAAAAUUAACUCCAAAACUCAUUUUUUAAAAUUUUCUUCAAAAUAUAAACUUUCAUUUCACCUAAAAGUAGAUGAAAUAUUAAAUGAAAAAAUAUUUCCAAAUUUUUGCUAUCCUAAAUUAUAAGAAUCAUACUCAUUUUUCUUAUCCCAUUCCCAUAUUACAUCCAAAAAUAAAUUAAUUAAAGUGCUUCUCAGAGUAUUCUGAGCUUAAAAGCUGCUGCUUUAUUCAAGGGCAAGGGUUUAAUGGAAUGAAGGAAACCCAUCUCCAAAUACAUUGGUUGCAUAUUGAAUUUUCUCAUUUUUUUAGGAAUUUUUUACAAGGAAUUAACUCAGUGUAAAACACUAAAGUAAAAAACUCAUAAUAAAUCCCAGGCCAUCUAUAUUUAUUAUUAUAUUCAUCUAAAAAUACAAAUUUACUUUUCCCUAACCUAAGAAAGAUAAUUGUCACUCCCCUACCUACUUUUGUCUCCCUCUUCCCUGAUAUUGCAAUGAUGUUUAUCUUGCUUGAUAUUGCUCUAGAAUAAGCAUGAGGGGAGGGAUCACUUAAGAUUUGCUAUUGCUAGGAUUUUAUUUUUAGAGACAACUAGAUCUGGGGGUGGUUGCCAUGGAUAUUUCCAGCAGAAGUUAGCACUAGAGGAAGCCUGUAAUUGUCUCUCAUAACUGGGGAAGGAAAAGGUCAGGAAGAUCUCCUUCUGACAUAAAAAUUCCCUGCUCUUUGCCCUUUAAAGUAAUCCCUGGCUUGCCUUUGGUCCUUUUCUGCAGCCACUUGCAACCACAGGUGUGCAUAAGAAGUUGUAUGGCCAGUUAGCUUACUUCAUUCCAGUUGCAAUUUCUUUUCCAAUAAUACAAAUGGAGGGGCCACCAAAACAAGAACAUCCCUUGGUAGUUGACUGAAAAGCAUGAGUCUUUCCAUUAUACUAGCCCCUUGGUUUCAAGGAAUUAGUGAAUGGGCCAGGUCAAUCACAAGAGUUAACAACAGGGCUUCUUUUUGUGCACCAGCAACCCCCUCAGAGAGUAUGAGAUCUCACCAAAGUGUGCCAAGUUUGCAGCUGACCAAACUCCUACAUUGUACUGGAAUUAUUCUAUGCAACAUUGAUCCUUAUAUGAAUGCAUUUCUUUUGAAUGAUGUUAAUUAAUUACCCUUCUUACUAUGAAACUAUUUCUUUUUUAAUUAUAAACAGGGCUCUUGGUGUUUUUUACUUUUUUGUAUAUAUCACAGCAUGUGAUUUUCCACUUUAUUUUAUUUUAUUUAAUGGCAUUACCUUUUUUUAAUCCUAUUAACAACAAAGUUUGUAAUCUCUAAGUAACAUACGAUAAGUCCAAUUACAGCACUUACACCUUGAAAAGCAUUUUAAUUUUUCCCACAAAUUCAGUGAGUCAUGAGAGACCGAAGUUGCUUCUUGGUUUAAGGUUUGGUCCUAGAGAAACUUCCAGCUAUAGAAACAAAAGCACAAUGUGAGUUUUUACAAAAAACAGGGUUUUAUAGGAUAGUCAUUACAGAAGUAAAUACUAUCAGAAGCAAGAAGUUCACGUUUUCCCUGGUUUUACUCAAGAUUAAGGAGAUUUUUGAUGACUCUGAACUCAUUAUUUAUCAUUUCAAUUUAAAAUACCAGUAUCCAAAACUAGGAGCAGAGAUUGUCUUUGCCCUUAAUAGUGCCCAUAUUUUAAUUAAUCACACUCACUAACUGAAUGGGUAUUUUCAGCAUAUGAGUGUAAUUAACUUUGUGGCUCACACACAUUAAAAUUGUCAUAUUAUGGGAAUAUUAUAGCUGGUAACCAGCUGAUAUUGAUUCUUAUGUAGGAACGGUUGUGGUGACAGUGGUGAUAGCAGUAGUGACACUAGAAGUGGUGGUGAUGUGAAGUAAAAUAAAAGUAUGUACUAUAUUGCUCCCAAUUUAUUAGAAAUUAUUUGAUCAAUGUUUCAUUUCAUUAAGAUAUCAUAAAGAUGUUUAUAGUAUUUUUUUACUUUAUAAUUUAAAUCACAACUAACAAUAUUUUUAAAAACUUAUUUUCAUUGCUACAAUGUCUAAUAUUCUAAAAUCAGCUAACUACAUAUAUAUAUAUAUGUUUAUAACUAUAGGUGUGACAGAAGUGAUUUUCCCCAUUUUUUCAAGCUUAAAAUGAAAGUGAAAGAAAGCUCAAUGAAUAAUUACGAACUGUUUCUUUAAUAACUACUUGCCUUUGAUGUAAUACAAGAAUGAACGAGUGAAAGAGAUAUUCUCAUUGAAUAUGACAUAUUGAUGUUUUCUGUAUGUUCCCUGUUAUUGUUAUUAAAGAUACUCACUAAACUAAAAUUAUUAAUCGAAUUCCUUAUCUCAUAGAUAGAUUGAGAGCAUUUUCUUAAUUUGUUACUCUGUACCUAAUUAUACAUUUCAUAACAUAGACAAAGUUGAGAUAUGAAUUUUAUUUGGCAUUCAGCAUGUGAAUGUGAUUAUUGUUUGAAUGUAUCUGUAUAUUUGUUUGUGAUGUGCUCAGGUGCUCUUACUACUGAUUAACACUUGUGCUGAUAUCUUAAUAAAAACACAUCUGAUGUUAAAGAAAGAAAUUUCUUGUCUGAAAAAAUAAAAGCCUAGUAAAACUGAUUUCAAAAUAAAAAGUAAAGAACUUGAAGAUAAGUCUUGUUUCAAACUAUAUGUUGCAUGCCAUGUUGGUGAUUUGCUAAUGUGUUCUUUUUUCUGUUUUACCCAACUCUCUCUGGAAAAUCUAAUGAACAAAUACAAAUUCUUGGGCUAAAGUUUGUGUAAAUUGAACUGAAAAUAUGUGGUAAUUGUAUUAAAAAAUGCCUGUAAAUCUGUUUUGAGUUUUACUCUUCGUAAAAAUAUGUCUUGGUUUUGUGAUAGUAUACAGGAUGUGUCUGAUAACUUAUGCAAAUU